AUGGCGCGAAGCGGACCGGACGCGCCCGCAGCGCUCCAGCGUCCGCAACAAGAUGCGCAGGCGUGCGGGGCCGCCGCGCACGCGGAGACCGAGGACCUGCUGUCCGCGCUGCUCCCUGAUGCUGUUCUGGAGCUCAUUCUGCGGCGCCUGCGGGGCGGGGACAGAGUCGCGCUGGCCAGCUGCUCCCUGCGGUGCCUAGCUCGCGUGCUCAGCAACGCACGCUGCACGUGGGAGCCCGCCGCGCUCGCCGGGACCUUGCUGCAGCGGCUGGCAGCGCUGCACCAUCCAGCGUCGUCGCUCGGGAUGCUCGGAGCGGCGGAGGACGAUGUCCGUGUCCGUGUUCCUCUGCGUGAAGUCGGGUACCUCGCCGACGCCCUCCGUCGGCGGGGAGGGCACAGUCCACGACAGCACCGCGACGCGUGUCCGUCCCUGCUGCAGCUCCUGCGGUCCGUCGGCGGCCUGCAGAGCGUGCGCGAGCUCGUCGUCGACGACUGGAAGCGCGUGCCGGCGGGGCUCGCGAACCUCGACCGCCUGGAGGUCGCGCAGGCAGCAACGCCGCCGAUCAACGUGGUGGCAACGGGCGAGCGCGUGGCGGCCGACGCGCCGGCGAGCAGCGUGGCGCGCCUGCGCACGCUGGUCGUCCGCUCGAGCGUCCACAGGCUGCCGGAGGACAUGCGCUGCGUCGAGCGCGUCGAGUUCUUCAGCGGCGCCGUGCACCGCAGCCCCGCGCUCCUCCCCACGCCGGACGGGUCGCGUGUGCUGCCGGAAAGCAGCGCGCAGGCCGUGAAACGCAUCAAGCUCGGCCACUGGAAGCAGCUGGCGCUCCCCGACAUGCCGCAGCUCGAGGAAAUCGAACUGCGGUGCUGCGCGCUGCCGCCCGACACCCGGCAGUUCCUCGCGGGCAGCGAGCGCGUCCGAUCCUUCGUCGCGGAGCACUGCGAUCUAGUGCCGCUGCCAGACAACCUCCCGCUCGAGGAGCUGCAGUUCCCCGGCUGCAACCUCCCACUGCAGUUCCGCCACGCACUGCUGCCGCCCGGGAGCGCACGGCGCGUGCGGACCCUGCUGGCCGCGCAGUCGCAGGUCGCCGCGCUCCCGCUCAACGACAUGCAAGCGCUGCGCGAGCUCGACCUCGGCUGGUGCUUCAGCCUCUCCACCUCAUUCUUCCAAUCACUCCCCACCGCGCACCUGCCCAACCUCGUGCGCCUUCGCCUGUCCGGCACCAUCGUCGAGCGGCUACCGCCGCGGAUGCGGUGCCUCCGCGAGCUCCUCCUGGACGACUGCUCCGCGCUGCGGGCCGACUUUCUCCCCGCCUGCAGCGCAGCGGGCGUGCGCGUGCUGUCGUGCGAGCGAUCGAGCGUCGUGCGAGUCCCGGAGGGCAUGCGGGCACUGACGCGGCUCACGCUGAACCGCUGCCUCGCGUUGGCACCUGACGCGAUCCCUGAAUCGUCCGCCAGGGCGGUAAAACACCUCGCGGCUGCUGACUCAAGCCUGGUCCGACUCCCACCCGGCAUGGCCGCGCUGGAGCGGCUUCAGGCCGUGCGGUGCCGGUUCCUGGCCCGCGACGCCGUGCCAGAGUCGAGCGCGCGCGCCCUGCGCAGCGUGGAUGCCCGCGCAUCGAGUCUGGCUCGAUUGCCGCCCAACAUGGCCGCUCUCGAGCGGCUGUGCGUCGACGGGUGCGCCGCCCUCGACGAGGACUUUUUGCCGAGCAGCUCGGCGGCCGCGGUGCGCGAACUGCAUGCCUCCAUGUCGAACAUCGUCAGAGUGCCGCCCUGCAUGGCUGCGCUGACGUUUCUCGACAUCAGCGAGUGCUGGUGCCUGGACGGCGCGGCCGUGGUCCCGGAGUCGAGUGGGGGCGCGCUGGAGACCGUCAACGCCUACCACUCCAACCUGGAGAUGCUGCCACGCAACAUGACCUCGCUGACCUCCAUCGACGUCUCGGAGUGCCGCGCGCUGCACCCGACGCUCUGGCUGCCGGAGAGCAGCCGGCAGCACCUCCGCAUGUGA